UUGACCGGUGUGUGUUCUCAAGGUUGGAAGACAUGACAGUGUUCAGGAGCAGCGUUCCGGUACAGGUAGGAAACUCUGAAGUUUUGAAAACCUUAAUAGACCCAGAAAAGAAGAGGAGGAAUGGAAGCACUGCUGAGGUACACAAUAGUAGACUUGGUAGACAGAAGAUGCUCUUUGGUAAAAGGGGUAAAUUGGUCAUCAAAAAGAAAGGAGGACCAAGGCCUCUUCAUACAAUUAAUUACAAUGUCUCUAUUUGUAUGGCUUGUUUCCAUUGAGAAAUCCAUGAUAUGGGUAGUUGACUCAGAGAGAGAGAGAAAGACAUUAGUUGAACAGUUUUGAACAAAUUCAUUUCUUCCAAAAUGAAGUAGAAGCAAGAGAGAGACAGAGAAAGAGAGAGAGAUGAUUAAGCAUUUUUUUUCACUUUCAUUAUCGUUUAUCAAGUAAGUUCAGCUGACGAGUUCAGCCAACAGAAACGCGCUGCUCAAACAGACUUUCCAACACAACACUAGAACUCUUCUAAGUCAAGUGAGCUGCAGGGAUGGAGCACCACGAGCAGAGCACAGCCACUUUCCCAGAACACAUCCGCAAGAAACGGAACGGUGAACAGCUGAGCGCUGGGGAGAUCCGAGACUUCAUACAGGGUGUCAAGGACAAGACCAUCCAAGAGAGCCAGAUUGCCAUGCUGAUGGCAAUCUGGCUGCAGGGAAUGGUAGCAGAGGAGACUCUCGCACUGACGAAGGAGAUGAUGAUGUCAGGGGAAGUGAUGUCAUGGCCGGCAGAGUGGGAGGGGCUAGUGGUGGAUAAACACUCGACAGGUGGAGUGGGGGACAAGAUCAGCCUGGUGCUGGCUCCUGCUCUGGCUGCCUGCGGCUGCAAGGUACCCAUGAUAAGUGGCAGAGGUCUGGCACACACAGGCGGCACGCUCGACAAACUGGAGUCCAUCCCUGGCUUUAACGUCUAUCAGUCAGUACAACAGCUGCAUCGAAUCCUGGAGGAGGUUGGCUGUUGCAUUGUAGGACAGACAGAUAACCUGGUACCUGCUGACAAGGUCAUGUACGCUCUGAGAGACGUUACGUCUACAGUCGACAGCCUCCCACUCAUCACAGGCUCUAUCAUCUCUAAGAAGGGUGCUGAGUCUCUAAGUGCCUUGGUUCUGGAUGUGAAGUUUGGGAAUGCAGCUCUCUACAAAGACCUGGGCAGUGCCAAGUCACUGGCCCAGUCCAUGGUGACAGUUGGGAACAGUUUGGGGAUCCGUACGGGGGCGGUGCUUAGUCGUAUGAACUGUCCUAUUGGUCGCUGUGUGGGGAACACUCUGGAAGUGAUGGAGUCCCUGGAGUGUCUAAAGGGGAGGGGCCCAGACGAUAUACUGGAGCUGGUCACAAGUCUGGGUGGGCUGUUGUGGAUGAUUGGAGGAGGGCCUGGAAAGGUGAUCUCUACAACCCUGCAGAAUGGUGCAGCCCUGGAAAAGUUCCAGAACAUGAUGAUUGGUCAGGGAGUAGCCAGUCAGAUCGCUGCAUCACUCUGUUCAACCAACGCAGACUACUACAGCAUCCUGAGACGGGCACACUACCAGACAGAACUGGAGACACAGGGCCACGGGACAGUGCUGGACAUAGACGGCAUGGUCAUUGCUCAGGUGCUGCACAGGUUGGGGGCGGGACGUUCGAAGGCCGGAGACCCUGUCAAUCACAGCGUGGGGGCGGAGCUUCUGGUGUCUUUGGGACAGAAGGUGGAGAAAGGGCAGCCAUGGCUGCGUGUCCACUACGAGACUCCGGCGCUGAGUGCAGAGCAGAGACUCAGUCUACAAGGGGCGCUGACACUGGGGCCCGUCGACCAGCUACACACACAGCCACUAGUGGCAGAAAUCAUACUGCCAUAGUGACACAAAUCCACUCUAUGUUAAAGCUUGAUUGGGAGAUGACCUGCCUUUGGGAAUCUCAGUGUUUAAUUUUUAAAGGAUGUAUAGUUCAGAACUAAAGCCUCUGUUUCCUGCUCUUCACUCUCAAAGUCCUCUCUGAUUCAUUCAUAUAAAGUCAUAAGAUUCUGUGGAGACUAAAUAGAUGUUUACCGUUUCCAGGAACUGUGUGAAGGCAAUUUCUGUUAAACCUUACUAAUGCUUGUGUACUAAAAUAUCCUUCUUUAAGCCUCGGCAUUGGGCUUGAGAUGGUUCAAGAAACUAACUCAUAUAAGAUAUAAAAGUGUGUGUGCACAUUAAUAGAGGCAUGUUGUAACUGUUCUGGGUGUGUAGAAUGACCCCAGGAUGUCUGGGAGCUCAGCCAAUACUUGACAGGAGCUGACUGGUUCCUCUUUAGUUAACUGGAGACAGAGUAAAGGUUUUAUCCUGCACACCAA